CCGAGUUUCUUUACGCCUCUUUUUUACUUAGUGUCUUAUGUGAUCUCUCUUCUCUUUUGUUUCCUCUUCUGCAUGCAGUUGCUGUACUGCGUUACAGUACCUACUUGACCAUCCUGGUACUCACAGGUGCUGAAAACUUGCUGGAAACAUGGGGUCUGAAAACCCAAGUCCACAGAACCCGGGCUGUAAGAUCAUGACCUUUCGUCCCACCCUAGAGCAAUUUCGGGACUUUGCGAAAUAUGUUGCCUACAUUGAAUCGCAAGGAGCUCACAGGGCAGGACUUGCCAAGGUGAUUCCUCCCAAGGAGUGGAAACCCCGAAGGAGCUAUGAUGACAUAGAUGACAUGGUUAUCCCAGCACCUAUUCAACAGGUGGUGACUGGACAGUCAGGGUUAUUCACCCAGUAUAACAUACAGAAGAAGCCCACAACUGUAGGAGAAUACCGGCGCCUAGCCAACAGUGAGAAGUAUUGUACUCCUCGCCACCAAGAUUUUGAAGACCUGGAACGCAAAUACUGGAAGAAUCUAACGUUUGUCUCACCAAUUUAUGGGGCAGAUAUCAGUGGCUCGCUGUAUGAUGCAGAUGUGGAAGAGUGGAACAUCGGUAACCUGAACACCCUGUUGGACAUGGUGGAGCAUGAGUGUGGGAUUAUCAUUGAAGGCGUAAAUACCCCCUACCUCUAUUUUGGAAUGUGGAAGACAACCUUUGCAUGGCACACUGAGGACAUGGAUCUCUAUAGCAUCAACUACCUGCAUUUUGGGGAGCCCAAAUCCUGGUAUGCCAUACCCCCGGAGCAUGGCAAGCGGCUGGAGCGCCUGGCAAAAGGAUUUUUCCCAGGAAGCUCUCAGGGAUGCGACGCCUUUCUCCGUCACAAGAUGACCCUCAUUUCACCCUCCAUCUUGAAGAAAUAUGGCAUCCCGUUUGACCGGAUCACUCAAGAAGCCGGAGAAUUUAUGAUCACAUUUCCUUAUGGCUACCACGCUGGCUUCAAUCAUGGCUUCAACUGUGCAGAAUCCACCAAUUUUGCCACACUGAGGUGGAUCGACUAUGGGAAAAUGGCUACUCAGUGCACUUGCCGCAAAGACAUGGUGAAGAUUUCCAUGGACGUCUUUGUGAGGGUUCUGCAACCAGAACGUUACGACUUGUGGAAACAAGGGAAAGACAUCGCUGUCUUGGAUCACAUGAAACCCACGGCUCUGACCAGUCCAGAGCUAGACGCCUGGAAUGAGACAAAGUCUGAGCUGAAAUCUAAACUGCUCCGUAGGUCUCACAGGAAAAGAAGCCAACCCAGAAGGCAUAAAACGGAGGAUCAGAAGUCCCUCGGAGAAGUGAUGGCUAUCGAGACUGUCUUGGAUGAGGUGAAAGUAAAAGAGGAGCUGAAAAGAGGGCCAGACCUAGAUGAAGAGGAAAAAAGCAAAGCGACGGAAGGGGGAGAAGGAGACUGCAAGGUAAAGACCCGUCCUCCAAAAGUAAAAGGGGAGAGGAGGAAGAAGAAUCACCUCCAUCAGCACCACCAUCCUCACCAUCACCACCACCACCACCACCACCACCUGCAGUCACCCCCACCUCCACUGCAGCAACAGCAGCCUCCACCACCGCCUCCACCUCCCCCUCCUCCACCGCCACAGCAGCCCGCAGAGGAAGAGACACCACCAGCACGGCCGCUGGUCCCCGUAGCAGCAGCAGCCACAGCCGAGAAGAGCUUACCCCCCGUGCCCCUCAACAUCAUCCAGCCCUCGGAAGUGCCAAACGAGGUAGAUGACUUUAAGCCCCGGCCCAUCAUUCCCAUGCUUUAUGUGGUUCCGCGGACCAAAAAGGUGGUGUUUGACAAAGAGCGCAUGUCCUGCCAGCAGGCCUUUGAGCAGUUCGCCACGCAGAAGGGCCUGGGUUGGCGGGAGCAGGCUGUUCCUGGAGAGCUUCCCGUGAAGGAAGAGGAGAGUGCAGAAGCUGAAAAUGCUGAGGUUGCCACAGAGGCCAGCGAUUUACAGACUGCUGCUGCUUUCUCAAAGAUGAAGAUGGAGAUAAAGAAAAGUCGCCGCCAUCCACUAGGCAAACCACCAACCCGUUCCCCUCUCUCAGUGGUUAAGCAGGAGGCAUCAAGUGAUGAGGAAACAUUUCCAUUUUCUGGGGAGGAAGAUGUGAGUGACCCAGAGGCUUUGAAGUCUUUACUUUCCCUCCAGUGGAAGAAUAAAGUACAUAAUUUCCCAGCUGAGAGAAAAUUCAAUGCAGCUGCUGCCCUGAGUGAGCCAUAUUGUGCAGUCUGUACACUCUUCUACCCAUAUAACCAGUCUUUGCAGGUGGAUAAAGAGGCUAUCCAGGUCUCUGUAGGAGAGAGCCCCUCCCUGCUCCAGCUUUCCAAGUGUGGCCAGAAGACCAAGCCUCUGAUUCCUGAGAUGUGCUUUACUUCAAGUGGUGAAAACACAGAACCCCUUCCUUCAAACUCCUACAUUGGUGAAGAUGGAACCAGCCUCUUAAUAUCCUGUGCCAAGUGCUGCCUGCAGGUCCAUGCUAGCUGUUAUGGAAUACGUCCAGAUCUGGUGAAUGAAAGUUGGUCUUGUUCACGGUGCUCAGCCAAUGCAUGGGCAGCGGAUUGCUGUCUAUGUAAUCUCAGGGGUGGAGCUCUUCAGAUGACCACUGAUGGACGGUGGGUCCAUAUAAUCUGUGCUAUCGCUGUCCCAGAGGCCCAUUUUCUCAAUGUAAUAGAACGCCAUCCUGUGGACAUCAGUGCUAUUCCAGAGCAGAGGUGGAAACUGAAAUGCAUAUACUGUCGGGAGCGGAUGAAGAAGGUGUUGGGUGCUUGCAUUCAGUGCUCCUACGAGCACUGCUCCACUUCCUUUCACGUGACCUGCGCCCAUGCCGCAGGGGUACCCAUGGAGCCAGAUGAUUGGCCCUACGUUGUGUCCAUCACUUGCUUCAAACACAAAGCAGCCAACCACAACAUCCAGUUUCGGAGGGAGAUAUCGUUGGGUCAGACAGUGAUCACAAAGAACCGAAACGGACUUUACUACAGGUGUAAAGUGAUUGGCAUGACAACACAGACCUUCUACGAGGUCAACUUUGAUGAUGGCUCCUACAGUGACAAUGUGUAUCCAGAAAGCAUUACAAGCAGAGACUGCGUCCAAAUGGGACCCCCUCCAGAGGGUGAGGUGGUUCAGCUACAGUGGACUGAUGGAAUAGUCUGUAAGGCCAAGUUCAUCGCAGCCCAGAUCAGUCAGAUAUAUCAGGUGGAGUUUGAAGAUGGUUCCCAGCUGAUGGUAAAGCGUGGUGAUAUUUACACCUUGGAGGAAGAGCUUCCCAAGAGAGUGAAAUCCCGCUUGUCUCUCAGCACUGGGGCUCCACAGGAAGAGAUGUUUUCAGGAGAUGAAGUGAAGGCAGCCAAGCGCCCCCGGGUCGGCAAUUCCAGGAAUCCCGAGGACUAUGGACAGAACCCAGAUUACCUGGCCUUCAUGGAGACCCUGUUGCAGACGCAGUACCAGCCAGGAACUCAGAGCAACAUGUUUUAAUUAAAAGAAAAAGGAAAAGAAAAAACCCUUUUCAACCUUACGGAAAAAUAAUCAGGAAACUGUGGAACAAAAGGCCAGCCCCGUGCAAUAGCCUGCUGUGAAUUCUUCUCAUCUGCUCUUGGUUGGGACUACAAGACGAUCGUGUCUGGCUACAGGCUACCUCUACUCUGCUAGACACAUUGCUGACCAAUAAAUAGGGAGCUCGAAACUCCGUCGGACAGCAUUUCACAUGGAGACUCCGGAUGCGUGCGCUCGUGGAGCUUAGCGCCGGGCUCCUCUUUUUUUUUUUUUUUUGUUUUUUUUAAGGGUUGGAAGGGGUUAACAUUGCAAGAUGAAAUGACUCAGAUUUUUAAACCAUGUCAAACUCUUUUUGUCUUUGAAAGGUGCUAUUUCACUGACUACUGAAGCAGCCUUUGGAAUUGUGAUUUCUGUACAUAUGAAUCACCUUUGUGACGUUUUCUAUAAAUGAGCAUUAUUAAAAAAAAAAUAAGAAAAAAAAAAAGAAAAACAAAUGCAAACAAAAACAAAUAAAAAGAAUAAAUAGGGAGAUGACAAUUUCCGCAGAUCACUUUUCUAGACAGUGGCUUUAAAACAGGAGAAAAAAAAAAAAGUCAUUUUCUUUUCCCUUCCCCCUGCGACAGAAUUGUGGUAAAUGGCAAUGGGGAGAGUGAAUAAGAGCAGGCAUCCUGGGAAGCUUUUCUUUUUCUUUUUCUUUUCUUUUGUUUCAAGAACCGUUCUGUUUUGUCAUUUUGGAGGAGUGGGGAAAGAAAUGUCUCAUAGCUGGAAUGUUUUGGCAGCAGGUUGCUACGGAUAGAUGAUGGAUGUGUGCAUUUCUGCCCUGUCUUUGGGAAGGAGCAACUAGCGGGACAUUGGGUUUUUACCCCCACCCUGCUUUUGUUGCGUCUCUCUCAUUUCCUUUCCCCCCUGUUGCAGGCACAGUUACUCUCCAGCCUCCAAUGCGCGUGGCUUGUGGCUCAUGCCUUCACCGAGCUGGCAGGUGUUGUGUUGCUCCAUGUGUUUGGUCCUUUAGGAACCACCCCCUUGCCCCAGCACAGACUGGGCUGAAUGGGGGUUGUUCUGGCUCCUGGGGGGGUCUGGGUAUCCGCAGACCCCCAGAGGAGCCGUGUUUUCUUUUCUUCCUCCUCUGUUUUUGAGCUGUGCUGCUUACCAGUGCGAGAAUCAUUCCUUGACAGAAGCCUUGGAGGUGUGCGUGUGUGUGUGUGUAUAUAUAUAUUUUUUUUCCCAUUAAAGAAGAAAUUCCCCAAACACCUUUGAUUGUUGUGACAUCUUUUACCUAGAUAAGAAGUGAGCCUUUGAGAUGCUCCUGGGGAAGCGGAUUGAGAGCCUGGCACUUGUUCGGGCUCAGUUCGUUAAGUAUUAAAUGAGUAUUAAAGAUGGAAACAAAUCUUAAAAUAUUGAGUGGGCAGCACCCACUCAAGCGCUUUGAUCACCUCCUGUAGAGCUGUACAGUAUUGUGUAAAGGACCUGAUGCAAAGCCCCCUGAAGCCGGUGGAAUAGCUCCCAUUGACUUCCGCAGGGUUUGCAUCUGGUUUGAAGUAAAGAAAAAAUGUAGGCUUAGUGUGGAACGGCAAGGAAGGUGAGGCUUCUGGAGCAUGGGGGCCGGGGGGAGCACGGUACUUGUAUGGCACCCUUCAAACCCACCCACCUGAAUGCCGUGGCUUGUCAGGAGCCACUGCAAGACGGCAGAGCUAUCCAGGAGAUGUGUCCUCAGCAACCUUUUCCACUCGCAUCCCAAAAAAUAAUGCACGGGGGAAGAACCGCGUUUUCUCGUUGAGCCCCUUUGCAACAUGGACAGUGUGUUUUGGGUUUUUUUUUUGUGUGAUUUGUAAAGUGGCUGUAUAUUCAGAAAGAUAUUUAGGAGAGGAAGGGAAGAUGUGGGAAUAAUUUGGGACUAACAGAUGGUAGAUUAGCAUUUUAAGAGACUAGAUGGAUGUUCAAAUGUCUCCGAGAGAAUGGAAAAAGUCCCUCCUCCUCUGGGGGAACUGGAUUUCCUUUCACUUCUUGCUGCCUCGAGAACCUUUUUUUUUUUUUCUUUUUUCUUGUCUUUGAUGUAUUUUAUUUAAAGAAAGAAAGAAAGAAAAGACAGUUUGAAGUCCUUUAGGUUGUUUUAAGUUUUCAAUUUCUCCAAAUAAAUCUUGUCUCAAAAAAAAACCAAACAAAAAAAGGAAAUGGCCUGAGGUCGAUUUUAUAAAAUAUACUUUAAAAAAAAAAACCAGAAAAAAAAAGAUGGCGAGUAUCUUAAAAGCCUCUGUUCGUACAUCGUUUUGGUGGGAAGAAGAAGAAUUAGAACCUAGAGCCCCUUUCCUUUAUUUGCUGCUGCACCUCUAUAGCAAUUACUCUACACAGCUGUCUCUUGUUGGCUGGGUAAUGAUUUAAGGGAUAAUUUGCUUGUAUAAAAGAAAAAAAGAAAAAAAGGAUGUUUUAAUGGUGGCAAGGCCACAGAGAAAUAUUUAAAACAACUGAAAGAGAAUUUAAACAGCAGAGGAUUCAUUUUUGGACUGGGGUUGGGGUGGGGGGAUCGGGUGGCUGUGAGCAAUAGGGGGGAGGGGGGAAAUUGCCUCUGCAUGUUAAGGUCCUGACUGAAAUAGCACCAUUACUGUAUUCAUAUGUAGUACCUUUUUAAAUACUAUUUAUAUUGUAAAAACGCAAAAAGUGUGUUUCCCUGUCCCCAUAUUCAGAUGCUGAGUUAUGUUUAACGUGAAUCUGGAAAUGUAGAAUGCCCUUCCUUGUUGCUGGGAUUUUCCUUUUUGUUUUAUUUUGGAGUCCUCUUUUUUUCCCCUCCUUUUUUUUCUCUCUUUUUUUUUUUUUUCCAUUUUGGUUUAGAAAUGAUUUGUGCAGAUUAACUAUGAUGACCAUGUUGAAGGCCGCGGUGCAUCAGCCUAUGAAAAGGAAAUAGGAAAUGCAUAUUUUCCUUCCCCCUCCUUUCCCCAUUCCCAGUGAAAUAUAUUUGUAAGUGUCUGAUUAUGUGCUAUAAAAUAUUGAUUUUUUUUUCCUCUUAGAUUAA